AUGCCCACUGCAGGUUUGAAACAAAGCCCGGAUGAGCGACGGAAAGGAGAACUAGCUCUCAGCGAGUUCGCCGAGUACGCCGAGAAGCAGCAGGCCCAGCGCGUGGGGCAGGUACCCCGCGAUAGUGGUUACUCGACUGCCACGACGGAGGACCAUGCCGAGCUGGAUAUCCUGGACCAGCUGGAACUGUCAGACACGCCUCGAACAGUCAAGCUAAAGGAACACUUGCUUGGUACAGGUGAGAAUGCGGAAGAAAGCCUGCAGGUAUUAGCGGGCAUCCUACACAACCGCAUCGACGAGGGACAGGGGGAGACCAUCUUCGAUCUUGGACUGGAGGAUGGAGGGGACUCGAUGAGCUUGGAUCUGGCUCAAUGGGAGACUGCGCUGCGUCGUCUGCGCGAGGCCGCCGAGACUAUCCCCGCCUACUGCCGAAUUCUUCUUACCUACAAUGUGGGCGGCGAGGAGGAGUCGCGGGUGCCCCACGAGCGCAUCAAGGGCGCCUGGGGCAAGGUGCUGAUCCGGCAACAUGCGGAAAAUGUCGAGGAGAUGGGCGAGAUCCGGAUCGCGGUGGUGGGCAACGUGGACGCCGGCAAGAGUACCAUGCUCGGGGUUCUGGUGAAAGGAAACCUCGACGAUGGCCGUGGCAAGGCGCGCGUCAACCUCUUUCGUCACAAACAUGAGAUUGAAAGCGGGCGGACCAGCUCCGUCGGCCUGGAGAUCAUGGGAUUCGACAGCCGCGGCGAGAUCGUGAGCAGCGCCCAGGGACGCAAGCUGUCCUGGGAAGAUAUUGGGAAGCGAUCCGCCAAAGUCAUCUCCUUCUCUGAUUUGGCGGGUCAUGAACGCUACCUCCGCACCACUGUCUUCGGCAUGCUGAGCAGCAGCCCGAACUACUGCCUGCUUAUGGUGGCCGCCAAUAAUGGUUUGAUCGGAAUGAGUCGAGAACACUUGGGCAUUGCCUUGGCUUUGAACGUGCCCGUCAUGGUCAUUGUUACCAAGAUUGACAUCUGUCCGCCCCAGAUUCUGCAGGAAACCCUGACCCAAUUAGCGAAGAUCCUCAAGUCUCCCGGUGCGCGCAAGAUCCCCAUCUUUGUCAAGGAUAUGGAGGAGACCAUCAACACCGCCACACAGUUUGUGAGCCAGCGGAUAUGCCCCAUCUUCCAAGUUUCCAACGUCACCGGUGAGAAUCUGGACCUGGUACGAACGUUCUUGAACAUCCUCCCUCACCGCGGUCACUACGACACGGAGGGCCCAUUCGAGUUUAUAGUUAAUGACACUUUCUCCGUCCCGCACGUCGGCACGGUGGUCUCGGGGGUGGCCAAGUCCGGGGUGAUUCACGCCGGUGACACAGUCCAGGUCGGACCCGACUCUCUAGGCCAGUUCACAACCACUACGAUCAAGUCGAUUGAGCGCAAGCGAAUAGCAGUCAGCGCGUGCUUUGCGGGUCAGUCCUGCUCGUUUGCCUUGAAGCGUGUCCGUCGCAAGGAAGUGCGCAAGGGUAUGGUGGUAUUGAAGAAGAUGGACCAGCCCCCGAAGGUGCACCGCGAAUUUGUUGCAGAAGGUAUGCCUUACGUCUACCGCCUGUUUAGACCACUACUAAUCAAUGCCCCAGUCUUGAUUCUCUCUCAUGCCACCACCAUCAAACCCAAGUACCAGGCCAUGCUGCACGUCGGCGCCGUCAGUCAGACCUGCUCGGUCAUUGACAUUGACCGCCCAUUCAUCCGCACCGGUGACCGCGCCACCGUCGCAUUCCGCUUCAUCCAGCGCCCGGAGUUCCUGGCGCCGGGCGAUCGAGUGCUGUUCCGGGAAGGCAAGACCAAAGGCCUUGGUAUUGUCAAGAGCAUUGGUUAUGACCCUAAACACCCACUGAAUCCUACGAAGACUACGAAGAAUGGAGAGACCGAGGAGGCCGUAGUGGCCUAA